UUUUCUUUGUCUUCGGACGAGAUUUAAAAAUUGAACACCCUCUUGCCAGCCAUGUGCCAAGGAAGACGACAACAUCUCAACGCGGAAUGUUGCCUGCGUAUGUAUAACGCUACCUCCAGAGUCCAGUCCCUCUUUCUCUUAUAAGACCAAAAUCAAACCCCAUCCCGUUCGCAGUAUAUCGCACUCGCUCUCUCUCUCUCUCUCUCCCUGCAACUAUCUGAGAUUCCUGCCGCUUUUGCUGAUAGGCGGCGAGGAUGUCUACUCCGGCCAGGAAAAGACUGAUGAGGGACUUCAGGAGGCUUCAACAGGACCCUCCUGCGGGCAUCAGUGGUGCUCCUUUUGACAAUAAUAUAAUGCUUUGGAAUGCUGUAAUAUUUGGGCCUGAUGACACGCCAUGGGAUGGAGGGACGUUUAAGCUGACACUUCAGUUUACAGAGGAUUAUCCAAACAAGCCACCAACAGUGCGAUUUGUUUCUCGGAUGUUCCAUCCAAACAUUUAUGCAGAUGGAAGUAUAUGUUUAGAUAUUCUACAGAACCAGUGGAGUCCCAUAUAUGAUGUGGCUGCUAUACUUACAUCUAUCCAGUCGCUGCUUUGUGAUCCAAACCCAAACUCCCCGGCAAAUUCAGAAGCUGCACGGAUGUUUAGUGAGAACAAGCGAGAGUACAAUAGGAGAGUGCGUGAGAUUGUUGAGCAGAGCUGGACGGCAGACUAACUUGCGAACCACAGCAGUUCCUUGUGCUGAAUUUGCUCACAGCUUUUGAGGGUCUGAAUCUCCCUUAAACUUUGAUGGCUUGCAUAGUAUUGUUGUCAUAUUAAUAACAGAUCUAUCAAAACAUUUGCUGCUUAAAGACAAUAUUUCCUGAUUGCUUGUAGGAACAUGAUGCUUCUUUUUCUGAAUUUUAGUACAUGUUGCGUUGCUUGUGAGUCAUGUACAUAAUUAUUUGUUUGUAUCAAAUGGGUCCGUGAUCUUCUAAA